ACAAUUUAGCGCCUUCCACCACAACACACAGCGUUUGUUGUCACCGUUCUGGCUUGAAAAGUAGCAGUAUAUGUGAGCCGGUGCUAGUGUUCGUGAAAAAAAACACACACAGAAGAAUGUCGUCAUUCAAACCAAAAUUAGGAGAUGGUUCCAUUAUACUACCACAAGCUCGGGUAAAAACGAUCAUGAAAAGCUCACCAGAUACUGAGAGUAUAUCCACCGAUGCCCUGUACUUCGUUACGAAAGCCACGGAGUUCUUCGUGGAACAUUUAGUUCAAGAGAUCUAUGAAAGCACAGGAAAAUCCAAUGAACUUACCUAUAAGGGUUUGGCUGACAUUGUCCAGAAAAGUGAUUCAAUGCAUUUUUUGAAAGACAUGGUUCCAAGAAAGAUAACUUAUAAAGAAUAUCAGGAAAUUCUAAAGGACAAGGAAAAUUCUGAUCUAUAUUGAUUGUUUAAACUCAUGCCAUGUUGUUUUUAGUAAGUAAAGUAUAUUACUUGCUCACUCAAACAUUGUAUUUUUCAGGAAGCUGUGUUUCAAAUAAAAACUAGCCUGUAAGCUGU